AUGGUAUUGCCAUCAGAAAUAGAUUCGAUGUAUCGGAAACAUAAUCAAUCGGCACUCUCCGUCAAGUCUCAAAAUAAAGCUGUCGCCAAUUGGUUGCCUGACUCAAAUUCGCGUUAUGCCCAAGCGUAUAUUGAUUUUGUGAAAUACUUGCUUGGACGGAUCAAGCCAAAAUCACCUUACCCAGAAGGCCCUACCGCCAGUGAAUUAGAAAAGCUACCCGAUCUGUCUUAUGAAUAUAUCAUGAAUGAUCAGCGGGUCUUCAACAUCCCCUUACAAUCAGCUAGUCCAACUCACGAAGACCCUCGGAUCUCUCCUCGACAGAAGGACUGCUGGAUUCGCUACAAACAGCUGUUCUUGCUUGACUUGACAAUAUUUGGUAUUGAGCGUGCAACUUUGGCUAUGGAUCAAUCCGAAAAUAUUCCUUGGAACCAAACGGUCUUAUCAUUUAUAGUCAAGCAUUCUCAAGUGGCCCGAGCAAAUGGCGCAUUCUCCCAAUAUCUCAUUGACCCUAAACAUGAUGGGGAUAUGCUUGCUCUUGGACUCUUUGAACGUUGGAUGCGUGGACGUUGCCAGGAUAUUGGAAUAAAGACCAGAAAUCCCGCUUACCAAGCAAAAGAAAAAAAGAAAAAAGAUAAAGCCAAGGUCCGUAUGAGAUAUCACCCAGGUUUUCAAAUACAACAGAUUCAUGGACCUGAUCACUUCUAUCCACAAUUCCAGCUCCUCAAGUACCGACGAAACACAAUCAAAGAAUGCUUGAAGCUUGACCCCGAUGCCAUAAAUAGUAUACUUUCGGACUCAAAAUGCUGCUCUGAUACUGAAGAAGAUGAAACCAAACAACCGCGUGCAGUUGGGAUUCAUUGGAGGAGCACAGAGUACACUGCAGUCUUACAUCUGAUUGAUAAGCUUUCCUACAAAUACCAGAAGGAUUUGCGUGGUGCGCGAUGGGCUGCACGUCGCUUUGAUGCAAGAAGAAAACCAGCGAUUCGAGUGCAAGGCAUGAAAUGUGUCAAGAAAGGAUUACCAGAGAAUUUCUAUUCUCCGACUUUUCUCUCGCAACUUACACUGACAGAGAGAUCCUGUCUCACCAAUAUACCCCCGUCUGAGGCUCUAGAGACACUGAAGCUCAAAAUUUGUGCAAGUUUACCAUAG